UCUCCCAAAUAACCCCUAAAAAAAAGGAGCUCUCCCAAUUCCCCACCCAGCACGCCAGACCGGCGAGAUGCCUGACGGCGACGCAGAGGCCCGCGCCGCCACCACCAGUGCGGCACCGCCGGGUCCCCAUCCGCCUCUCGCCAUGGUUCCUCCAGCCGCCGUCGACACGCGGAAUCUGAUUACCCGACACUACCCGCCGUCGUGCCACGGCGCCGGGCUAUCAGGCCCUGUGAGGUCUAAAGCUCUUACUACUUGUCGCUGCCAUGCUGACCCUGCAAUAUAGUGCUACCGCUUAUGGGGCUGGGUUUGGGAUCAUCAGCAUGGCACGGCCCGGCUGCCCAGACAAGUGCGGUAACGUCAGCAUCCCGUACCCGUUCGGCACCGGAAAUGGAUGCUUCCAGGAACCCUUUAAUGUCACAUGCAAUGUGAGCGGGGCAUAUUUGGCCUCCACCAAAGUAAGGAUACUGGACAUCAAUCUUACUCUAGGUGAGAUUCGUGUUCAGAACCCAUACAUAGCAUGGCAAUGCAACCACACCAAUGGCACCAAUAGUACUGGUGGUGAUUCGCAAGGCUUAAUUCUUGAUCCUUCUCAUAAGCUUUCCUACACCAAGAACAAGUUGACAUCAGUCGGUUGUGCUACGCUUGCAAUGGUCGUAGGAGUCACCAAGGGCAAGAACCAGCUUGAAUUCCCCAUUGUUAACUCAUGCUUUUCAUACUGCACUGACGCAAGUAAUGUGGAUAAUAGCUCUGGGUGCGCUGGAAUGGGUUGCUGCCAGUCCUCCUUUCCAGGAAAUGUCAGUUCCGUUAACACCACAUCCAUGCCAGUACUAGAUAUAUACAACUCAACCAUCCAGUCUUUCAGCCCGUGCAGCUACGCUUUCGUUGUUGAGGAGGAGUGGUUCAAGUUCGAUCCUUCAUAUGCUAGCUCUACUGAUUUCGCAAGUAGAUAUGCAGAUGGAGUUCCUGUGGUACUUGAUUGGGUUGCUGGUAAUGGAAGUUGUUCUGAAACCAGCAAGAUGGGAUCACAGUAUGCCUGCCAAGCCAUGAACAGUGAAUGCAUUGAUGUGUCUAAUGGCCCCGGUUACCGCUGCAACUGCUCUCAAGGUUAUGAGGGCAAUCCCUAUCUGCAAGGAGGGUGCAAAGACAUCAAUGAGUGCGAACCUCCAAACCAGUCCUUGUAUCCUUGCAAAGGUAAUUGCAUAAACACCCACGGUAGCUACACCUGUUCAUGCCCAUCAGGAUUCAGGAGCGAUGAUCCAAGGAGCAUACCCUGCGUUCGAGCUGACCCAAACAAAGCACUGAAGGUGGUCUUAGGCUUAUCCGUCAGUGCUGUCUUCCUCAUGGUUUUUAUCUUCGCUCUAUGGGCUGAGUAUCAGAAAAGAAAGCUGGCGGAAGAGAAGGAAAGAUUCUUUGAUCAGAAUGGUGGUCAGAUAUUAUAUCAGCAAAUUAUGUCAAAACAAGUCGAUACUUUGAGGAUAUUCACUCAAGAAGAUCUGAAGAAGGCUACAAACGAUUUUGACGAGAGCAGAGAACUGGGCAAGGGGGGUCAUGGCACUGUCUACAAGGGCAUUCUCAAGGAUAACAGGGUAGUGGCUGUGAAACGCUCGAAGAUCAUGAACGUGGAGCAGACCGACGAAUUCGUGCAGGAGAUAAUUAUACUUUCACAGACCAACCACCGGAAUGUGGUCAGGCUUCUAGGGUGCUGCUUAGAGGUGGAGGUCCCCAUACUGGUCUAUGAGUUCAUCUCGAACGGCACUCUCUUUGAGUUCAUCCAUGGUAGCCACGGAAGUCCACCUCCCUCGCUGGACACCCGUCUCAGGAUCGCUCAAGAAUCGGCAGAAGCGCUGGCCUAUCUGCAUCUGUCCACUAACCACCAUAUAGUCCACGGAGAUGUCAAGUCCAUGAACAUCCUCUUGGACGACAACUACAUGGCGAAAGUGACGGACUUUGGGGCGUCGAGGAUGCUCCCCAAGGACGAGUCCCAGUUCAUGACGCUGGUGAAGGGCACCCUGGGAUAUCUAGACCCUGAGUACCUGCAGGAGCGGCAGCUCACAGAGAAGAGCGACGUGUACAGCUUCGGGGUCGUGCUGCUGGAGCUGAUCACGGGGAAGAAGGCCAUCUACCGCGAUGGCCUGAAGGAAGGCAAGAGUCUCGUGUCAUCCUUCCUGCUCGCCAUGAAGAUUGAGAACCUCGAGGGCAUCCUUGACCCGAGAAUCGCGCGUGCGGGGAUGGAGGCGCUGCUGCGAGAAGUCGCCGAGCUCGGGCGGAUGUGCUUGGGCCCCAGGGGUGAGGACAGGCCUUCCAUGACCGAGGUGGCCGACAAGCUGAAGGCCCUGCGAAGCGCCUGGAGGGAGAAACUGGCGCUGGGGCAUGCCAAAACAGAGUGUCUGGUUGUGUGCUCGUCGCCUGCGGCUGUGGCGGCUUGGUGCCCUCCGUCUUCAGGAUCCUCCUCGAUGGAGGCGUACAUGUCUGGAAUAGGCAUAGAGACGCCCAGAUGAUGGAGUAGUUACGUUUGAGCCUUUCACCAAAAAUGACAAAUGAAUCUACCGUGCUAGAAGUACCAAGUAGCUAAGUAAAUGUUCUCAUGGGACCUGUGUGUGUUCUGCGUUUCAUCGGUGGAGCUUGCCACGACGGGCUAUGCGGCAUGUGAGUUCUCAGUUUCGGGUGCGAGGGAACACAAAACUCAGUCUUCAUGUUUUCAGUAUGAGAAUUCGCACAUGGACCACCAGAUUUCAGUUUGCAAUGUUGCUCAACUAUGCAUGCCUAACUGAAUUUUGUGUUCCUGACCUAUGAUAUGACUCUGAAUCGUGUCAAAUCUCAAGGUCCUUUCUUUCUGUCAUGGUAACUGAAUUUUGUGUUCCUAUGAAUGAAUUGUGUCAAAUUUCAAGUUUAUUUCUUCCCAACAUUGGUGGUGAGUGACCCUGUCGAAAAUGUAGCACAUCGCCUUGUCCCCAUUUUUUGUGUUGUUAUCGACAGCUUUAUGAUACUCCUAAAUACUGAUUAAUUAAUGCUACUGUACAACUGAUGCAUCGAUUUCUUUUUUUUGUCACCAACUUUUUCAGGGCGAUCAACGACCACAAGUUCAUAUAUGUUUGCAAGCAAACAAUCAGAGCAGUAGGAUAGUAGCUAACUAUCUCAUUCAUACUCCCUCCAAGUCUCCAACCGGGUUUAAUUAUAAGGCGGGAUCAUCGUAUUUUAGGUUGAACUUUGGGCAUGGAUCCUUUGGGGCGAGUCAAUAUAUAGCCAGCUAGGAGGAGGAGGGGCACGUGCGUGGUGGAGCGGGUCUCCUGGACAACAAAGAAAAAACCCAGCGUCAUGAUUCACGGAGCACACAGACACGAGCAGCGCCAUAUGUCCAUGUUCAACCACUCCAGCGUCACCAUUGAAUCGAUACUACAGAGUUUAAUAAAAAAAAAAAAUAAGAAGGAAGAAGGUGACAGGAACUUGCCGCCUGAAAAAGCACCACGCAAAUCAUACUACUGCUAUCACAGAACAGUACUAUAAGGCGAUGACUCGCGGUCAGCUCCCCCUGCGGCCCAACCCACACACGGUUUUGGAUCUCUGAUUACUACUAGUACUACUACUGCUUCCGAGGGGGAGGCUCGCUGCUUGACUAUGACCGCGUCUCUUGGUUCAUCCCAUCUCAUCGUACAUAAACGCCAUAUAUCUCCCUGCUUGCUUCCCCCUCUCUCGCGCGCCGGCCCACACAGGCACAAGGAGGCACUCGCUGCUCACCGGCGGAGGGAGGGAGGGAGGGAGGGAGGGUCGACGACAGCCGAAGCGCGGCGGGCCGGCGGCUCCAGCCAUGGGCUGCUCACUGCUUGCGGGGCUUAUGAAAGUGAACAGAGGGAUUAAUAAAGGAUGGAGACGCGAGCAUGGUGUUUUGGAUCUCAGCCUCCAAGGAGGCCGGAUUUUUGAAAAAUUCAAAAUUUUCGGUUUUAGAAUAAAAAACUAGGAUAUGGGGUGUAUGUGUGUAAAAUUUCAAGAUGAAAUAAAUUGAAAUGCGACCUAUACGAAAAAGACAAAUUCAUGGUCUGGACGGAUGAAUAGUAUCAUGUGUUAAAAAACCUCGUAUUUUUUUCUUUUCAUAGGUCUCAUUUCAAUGUAUUUCGUCUUGAAAAAUGAAAAUUUACACACUUGUGCAUGUCUGUAUAUGUUUCAGCCUUCAUGUAUGUAUUUUUUUUCGAAAUUUUCUGAAAUGUAAAAAUACGAAUUUUGAAUUUUGCAUUUGAAGACCUUCAUGGAGCUCGGCCUCCAAAAGC